AUAACCUACUUAGGAUGUAAUUAUUAUUAUUCGUCGUAUCAAUUAUUCAACAAUUAUUUUGCUUCAAUUGUGAAAUGUUCUUGUCAAUAAAUUACAUUGAACCGUUGGCAAAUUUUUAAAAUUUUAUGAUCAAUGUAUUGACACAGGAGUAUUAAUAAUAUUGGUAUACCAGUAAUAUUGGUAUAGAUUCAUUAACGUGCUGCUAUUACUUUAUUUACUGACCAAUUUUAAAUAUUUUAAACAAAUUUUCGUAAUUAUAUUAAGGUGCAUGUUAUGGUACACUAUGAUUUGAUAUGCAUUAGGAAAUUUGAUUUAUUUUGAAUGGAUGAAUCGUGUACAAACACCAGAAAGAGAAAAUAGAAACUUGUCUCGAAAAAAGUCAACUAAUGAAUCGAGCAUUAGAAAGUCAAGGAAACUUAGUGAGAAUGUAAAUCCAACAUUGGAAAAUAAAAUUGAUGUUUGCUGUACAACACCUCCAAAAAAUUCUAAAUCUGCGAUAAAAUCAACUAAUACACCUAAAAUAAAUCAUAAAAAUAAUAGUACAGAAUUUAAGUCGCCCAAUGAAAUUUUUCAACUGCAAGAACUAAAACUUAAUAUUAAGCGUGUUGACAAAACCAAUUAUAUUUCAAUUUUUUCACCAAGUGCAAAAAAGAUAAUUGAAAACGCUCGUAAAAACAGCCCUUCAGAAAUGGAAAACAAACUAGCUACUCCUAAAAGAAGUACAAGAAAGUCUUCACGUUGGAAUCAACGCAAUGAAUUCGAUGUUGACGAAUUAAUUGAUAAAAUUUUAGAUGACGAAAAUUCCGAAGAUGAUAUUUUUAAAACUCCAAAAAAGAAUUCACGCAAAUCAUCUGUAAGUUCAAUAAAGAAAUUAGUCAGUUCUGUUAAUAACUCAAUGGAGCCUAUUACACCAAAACGUGUUAGAAAACCGGUUAUGAGGUUUGGUGAAAAUGUAGAUCUGGAAAAAAUAGAUUUAGAUGAAACAAUUCCUAAAAGUAAACGGAAGAAUUCAACAAUGAUUGAUGAUGAAGCUAAAGAUGUAGAUUUUGAAAUUGAUAUUUGGAAAACUCCAGUUAAUAAACGUAUACGACAGUCUAUGACACCUACAAAUUCUGGUUCAAAAACGCGAAGAAAAAUUUUAGAAGAUAUACCAGAAAAUGAUUUGAUAUCAACUCCAAAAACUCCCAAAAAAACUCCUAAAGCUUAUGUCAAGAGUUUAAGAGCUUCAGCUAGCAAACGAUUAGAUAGUGGAGCUAGAGUUCCAUGCAGUCCUUUAGAAAAAGCUAGGGCAAAUUUACACUUGCAUGCAGCACCAAAACAUUUACCUUGUAGAGAAUCUGAAUUUAAAUCAAUACGUUCCUUUUUAGCUAGAAAAAUAAAUGAUGAUCUAACAGGUUGUAUGUAUGUUAGUGGUGUACCUGGCACUGGUAAAACUGCUACAGUUAAACGCGUAAUUGAUUCUUUGAGCUCUGAUUUGAUGAUGAAACAUAGUUUUAAAUUUAUAGAAAUUAAUGGAUUGAGGCUGGCUAAUCCACAUCAAGCUUUUUCAGUUAUUUGGAAGGAAUUAACAUCACAAAAUGUGUCUUCAGCUCGAGCUCAAGCUCUAUUAAAUGACUAUUUUUCUGGUAAUGAAACCAGAGAAGUAACUACUAUUUUACUAGUUGAUGAGGUUGACCAUAUUUGUAAUCGUAAACAAGAUGUAGUGUACAAUAUACUUGAUUGGCCUACACAAAUAGGAUCUAAAGUGGUUGUAAUAGCAAUUGCUAAUACUAUGGAUUUACCAGAACGAGUUUUAAGAGGAUGUGUGACUAGUAGAAUGGGAUUAACAAGAUUAGUGUUUAAACCUUAUACAUUCCAGCAAUUACAAGAAAUUAUUAUGAAUAGAUUAAUUGGUAAUUCAUCUUUUGAUCCUGAUGCAGUACAGUUAGUUUCUAGGAAAGUGGCAGCUGUAUCAGGCGAUGCUAGGAGAGCUUUAGAUAUAUGUAGACGUGCUAUAGAUUUGAUAAAAAGUGAAGAUGAAUCUCAAAUGAUAACAAUUAAUCAUGUCAAUCAAGUUAUAAAUUCAAUUUUAUCUGGUCUUCGCGUGACAGCAAUAAGACAAUGUAGUCUAUUUGAACAGUAUUUUUUAAGAGCACUCCGUGAUGAAACAGUUAGAACUGGUUUUGAUCAUAGUACAAUUGAUUCAGUAUACACACAAAUGAAGAACAUUUGUUUAUUAGAAGGUGAAGAAUUACCUAAUGAUCAACAAAUUAUUAUGAUGACAUAUAGAUUAAGAGACAACGGUUUAAUUUUUCUAGAAAAAAAACAGUGGGAUGUUUUUCGAAAGGUUUCACUCAAUGUUAGCCCAGAAGACAUAAGUUAUGCUUUAGACAAGUAUAACCAAUAAUAAUUUUUUUUUUAACUUUUAAUGAUUUUUAUUUUUGCAUGAUUUUCAUGUCGUAAUUAUACUUAUUAGUUUAUUUUUAUAGUAUUUCUUGUGAAAAGCUUUUUUAUGACUGAUAGACUUUAUUUUGAAACCCUACUUUUAAUAACUUGUUGAAAUUAAAAUGUAAAAAAUUCUAAAAUAGUAUUAAAAAUUUUAUUAAUGAAUAAAGUUCUUAUAAAUAAAAUCUCAAUAUGAUGUUAAUUUAA